AUGGCUUCCAACAGUGUGUUUGCUGAGUUACUUAGAUCUUGUAAAUUGGAUGGUUCAAAUUUUACUGUCUGGAAGAGGAAGAUUAUGUUUCUCCUCACUGCUAAGAACAUUGAUUAUAUCAUUACUCAAUCUAAGCCUACCCAACCAUCUGACGAGGCAGAAGAUGAGGAAAAGGAAAGCUAUCGAGAGGAAAUUACUCAGUGGACUAAAGACAACAAAAUGGCUAGAGUGUUUAUGCUUGGAUCUAUGUCUGAUUCUCUAGCUGGAGAAUAUGAACCAGAGGAAUUAGCUCGCAAAAUAAUGAGGAGAUUGGAAAAGCACUUUGGGGAAGUUUCACUUAUCAAAGUUCUUAGCUUGGUGAAUCAGUUUUUGACUGCGAAGAUGACAGAAACCACUACUGUUAGUGCACAUCUAAAUAAAUUAUGUGUGCUAGUAGAGGAACUAAAGAAUGCUGGGUACCCUUUCCCUGAAGAAGUUCAAGUUAUGGUUGCUCUUAACUCUUUGCCAAACACUUGGGAACAAUUUAAAAUAUCCUUUUGUCAUACUGAGUGUGUGCUAAACAUGAGGACGCUAAGGCAUCAUCUACUAAUGGAAGAAGACAGGAAGUCCACACAAGGGAAAGAACGAAGGUCUCAACAUGGUGAACUACACCUUGGUGAGGAGAAGUCUUCAAGCAAGAGGAAUUGGCAAAAGAGGAAAUAUGGGACAGAUUUGAGGGAUAAAAUAAAUCAGAAGGGUGAUAGGAAUGAUUACAAUGGAAGAACCUCAAAUCAGAAGGUUGACAACAGGAAAUUUAACUGCCAUAAUUAUGGUGAACAAGGACACUUCAGAUCUGAGUGCACUAAGAAGAGGAAGCCAGAUGAUAAGGAGUAUAACAACAACCAGUCCAAGCAUCAGGAUAAUUGA